UUUCAACAGACCAACAAACUCCCGGAUGUUUGAACUGCAAAACAAGCUCCAGACUGUCACAAAAGCAGGAAAAACCAUGGAAAUCUACCUACAAGAUGUCAAGAAUCUAAGCGACCAGCUGGCGUCUAUAGGAAAUCAUGUUUCCAAAACUAUGAAGAUCUUCUCUGCCCUCAGAGGUUUAGGAAGAGACUACGAGCCUAUCAAGACGACUAUUGAAAAUACAAUGGAUAACGUACCCUCUCCAACGUUUGAGGACGUUAAGCCCAAGCUAAUCAGCUUCGAUGAUCGUCUUCAGAGCUACACCAAAACCAACGAUGUUUCACCUCACCUAGCCUUCGCUUCUGGCCAAACAGAUCAAGCAAAUGCUUACUAUGUCUCGAGAGGUAGAGGAAACAGAGGAAGAUAUGGAGGUUACCGUGGUCGUGGCUCCUCCUACUCCACUCGUGGACGAGGAUUCCACCAACAGAUCUCCUCCUCCAGAAGUUCUGAUUCUGAAAAUCGUGGUGUCUGCCAGAUUUGUGGGAAGCCAGGUCAUCCUGCCCUCAGAUGUUGGAACCGGUUUGAUCACAGCUAUCAACAUGAAGAUAUACCGUGUGCACUGGCUGCAAUGAGGAUUACAGAUGUUACUGAUGCAGCAGGCAUAGAAUGGUAUUCAGACAAUGGAGCUACAGCACACGUCACCAACUCACCGCAACAACUGCAACAAUGUCAGCCAUACUACGGAUCUAACACAGUUAUGGUUGGUGACAGCAACUUUCUUCCCAUCCCCCAUACCGGCUAUUUCUCGAUAGCAACAACCUCAGGGCAAGCAAACAAAGAGGUUGCUGAUAAAGGGAAGAAACAUUAAUGGUCUUUACCUGCUGGAACCGGGAACCUCAGCUUGCGCCUUGAUCUCCUCUAGACAACGUUCAGCACCGGAUGAUGUUUGGCAUAGGUGGCUGGGGAAUUCUAACUCUCAAGUUCUUGAGCAACUAUCAGCAUUAAAAUUGAUCUCAAUAAGUCGAAGUACCAAGAAGAUCUGUGAGGCAUGUCAGCUUGGGAAAAGUAGUAGAUUACCGUUUUCAGCUUCUAGUUUUUCUGCAUCAAGACCUCUUGAACGUGUUCACUGUGAUCUAUGUCCUGCACCAAUCAUGUCUGGUCAGGGUUUCAGAUACUAUGUAAUCUUCAUUGAUCAAUGGUCAAGAUUUAGUUGGUUCUAUC